GACACGUAUAGCAACGGUUUGAUUAGCUUUCAGAAUUUCUACAACUUCAUCGAUUUUAUCGACUAUCUGAAGCUUCUGUGAACACAAAAAUUCAACAACUGAUAAUUCAAAACACAAUYYAACGUACUUUGUCGUUAUGUCAAAGUAUCGAAGGUCAAAAAGGGCAGAUCUACAAGAAAGAAAUGGUGUCUUGAACCGUCAAGAAAUCGAAAUCAAUGGACAUACAACUGAACAUCAAGCCAUGGAAAUUAAAAUCCCAAGUGGUGAUCGUAAUAGUAUUGCCAUAUUGUUGUUYCUGUACGUCUURCAAGGUAUUCCGUUAGGUUUAGCUGGCUCGAUACCGCUUCUUUUGGCGAAGAAAGUUGGCUACAAACAGCAAGCUAUGUUUAGUUUUGUGUACUGGCCGUAUAGUGUGAAACUCCUAUGGGCUCCCAUCGUUGACGCAGCAUAUUUUGCAAGAAUUGGAMGGAGAAAGACUUGGUUGGUUCCUGUGCAGUAUUUGAUUGGUAUAUUCAUGCUCGUUUUAUCCAAGUACAUCAACUAUCUACUAGGAGAAGAAGACAACUCCACACCAAAUGUAUUCACUCUUACUUCAAUAUUUUUCUGUCUGAACUUUCUCACUGCCACUCAGGACAUAGCUGUUGAUGGCUGGGCUUUGACUAUGCUCUCUAAAGCUAAUGUUGGUUGGGCAUCGACAUGCAAUACUAUAGGACAAACAGCUGGAUACUUCCUUGGAAAUGUUGUUUUCCUUGCAUUAAGUUCACCAGAWUUUGCAAACAAAUAUGUGCGAACACAGCCACUAGACACUGGGCUUAUAGAUUUGGCUGGAUUUUUGUUCUUCUGGGGAUGUGUUUUUCUUAUAACUACAACAGUUAUUGGACUUUUUAAGCAUGAGAGAUCUGAGGAGGAGGUUCAUGGUGGAGAGCAYGAAGCUCAAGGAAUUGUGUCAACUUAUAAGUCAUUAUGGACUAUUAUUACUUUGCCUGCAGUCUUGAAGUAUAUUUUAAUMCUUUUAACUUUAAAGAUUGGAUUUGCAGCAUCUGACUCACUGACWGGACUCAAGUUAGUUGAGGCUGGUGUCCCUAAAGAAAAUCUCGCUAUGUUAGCUAUUCCUAUGGUUCCAAUUCAAAUCCUUCUUCCUUUGUUCAUCAGCAGAUAUACUUCAGGGCCCAGACCACUGGAUGUYCUGCUGCGUGCCAUGCCAUUCCGGCUUUGUUUUGGUAUUGUGUUUAUGGCAGUUGUUUGGUGGACCAACAAUGUACGUCUUCCUGGACAAGAAGCUUUCCCUAUGUACUAUUAUGCUGUACUUCUGCUAGUUUAUGCUUCGCAUCAGGUCACGCUCUAUUCCAUGUUUGUGGCUUUGAUGGCAUUCAACGCUAAGACUAGCGACCCUAAGGUUGGUGGUACAUACAUGACCCUGCUUAAUACCGUAGCUAACUUAGGAGGAAAUUGGCCYCCUACCUUGGCCUUGUGGCUUGUAGAAGAGCUUUCCUGGACGCAAUGUUUGGGACUUGCUGGCGACGUACAGUGCAACACAAAAGCACUAAAGCAGGCUUGUACCGAUGCUGGUGGCAAAUGCCUUGUUAAUAUAGACGGCUACUAUAUUGAAUCGGUGGUGUUUGUUAUAAUUGGGUUUUUAUGGUUAAGACUGAAAUCCAGGGACUGUAAGGCCUUGCAGGAUUUAAGAGAGUCAGCUUGGAGAACUUGACAUAUUUACGCAAGUAGAAGCUUAUCUGAAACCUGAAGAAAUCAUACACGAAAUACAAGGAAUUGCCCUAUUUCAAUAUGACGUUACAGUAUGUUUACAUCGUAAAACGAUGCAAAGCAGUAGAAAUUUGGACACUUUUAUUUUGUCUACUAAAGCAAAACGUCAAUGUAUCGCGUUUUGGUAUAUAUCAUGCAUAAAUGAUUGCUCAUYUACAUUUUAUUUGAUAUGCAGCMACUCUGAUCCCCUUUGGCGACCAUAAUCCUUAGCGUUAAAACAAUAGAAUAUUUCAAAGUGACGUCAUAACGAACUAGGGCAAUUAACCCGUGAGAAAGCAAUAGGAGGAACUACUGUACAAUAUGUGCCUAACCUCAAAAGCGAUGGCUUUGAGAAACAGACGUUAGUCAUUGUUUUUAUACUAAAAUACACUUUCUGUUUCUCUAUUACAACGUUAAAAAAAACAAAAAAACAAAAACAAAACUAUACUCAUUAUUUUGUGAAAGUAACGUAAUAGAUGCAUAAAAGAAAUUGAAAAAUUUCAGUUUUCUUUCAUCUAUUUCCUUGUUCAGYCGAAGAAACGUAGACAUAGUGACUAUUGACUUAUGCCUAUAUAAUAUGUCUCUAGGAGUAAAAAUUCUUUUAUAUUUUUAUGAAAUAUUUAAUCUGUUUCUCCCAUUUGUUCAUUUAUUUAUCUUUCCAUUCGUUCUUCUAUCCAAAUUCCUCGYUCUUGAUUUGAUUCAGAGUUCAAAACUAAAACCACAUUACAUGAUCAGCCCUAAACUGUAUGCAAUUGUAUACAAUUGUAUAAAUGUAUACUAUAUAUGCGAAUUCCUUUCCUCUAUUUAGCACUAUUUGAUUACUGAAAAUAUGGAAAUAAGGCUGCGUUCAUAAUGUAUACCGCAGGGGGGAGGUGAAAUUUUUAAAGCAAAAAUAAAAAAAAUCCACUCCCCCCCCCCCCUCCAAAGUCUUCCAAGGAAAGUGCAGAUCCAAAUGACGAUGAUGACACUGAUGAUGAUGAUAAAGUUGAUGAUGAUAUUAAUGAUGAUUAAAAUGAUAACAAUGACACUGAUAAGUUUCUUAACUAUCCCCCCCCUGGGGUAUACAUUAUGAACGCAGCCUAAAGGACAGUUAUAGUGCUGAGAGGGAGGUUCUCUCGGACUAGCCUCAUUCUCAGCACUAUAACUUCCCUUUAUUCUAUAUCAUGCAUCUCAUAGUAUCAUGCGGUCAUGCAGGCAAUUACAUACUAAACUUACAUUAUAGUUAGAGUACAAACAUUAAAUGUGUGCAACACUUUCCACUAUUUACUACAAAAUAGUGUUAAUUAAACAAUAGAAAACAAUAGAAUUAGCAGUAUUUAGUGGUAUUUAUGUUGCACAGUUUUAGUGUUUGUACUCUAGUGUCUUGUAUAAUCAAUACUUCAAAAGUAAUGAUAAAAAAUUGUYUGAACGCAAUAAAAAGAUUCACGACUGAUAAUAAAAAAAGAUAUAUGUAUGCGACA